AUUGGUCAAAUAUACAAACAUAUACAAAUCAAAAUAAAUGAAGAAUUUGAUUUUAUGUAAUGCGCAAGAUAUUACAUCAUCGACAACAACAACAACAUCAUCGGUACCAUUAUCAUUAGCUACAGCAACGGUAACCGGUACAAUAGCUACAAUAACAACAAACGGAAAUACAAAUUUAAAUUUAAUAAGUAUCAACGAUACAAAUAAUAAUCCAACAAUAAUAACAACACCAACAACCAUAACGGUUGCUGAAACAUCAACAGUGGCGGCCAAUACUGUACCAACAAUAUUAUCUAAACAACCAUUAGGUACAAAGAAAAGAAGACUGAUGAAGAAUAAACAGCAACAGCAGCAGCAGCAACAACAACAACAGCAACAAGAAUCAUUAAAUCAUUCGGAUGGUGCUGGUACUGGUGUUGGUGGUGGUAAUGCUAAUCAAUCUGGUGAAAUUGAUGAUCUAAGUGAUGGAUCAUCAUCAAUUGAAAGUGACGAUUUUGAUGAUAGCGAUUUAUUAUCGGGUACAGCAAAUGAUGAAAUAACAGCUCAAUUAGCAGCUGCUGGUCCGGUUGGUAUAGCUGCAGCUGCAGCAAUUGCAACAGCAAAAAAACGUAAACGACCACAUACAUUCGAAACUAAUCCUUCGAUUAGAAAAAGACAACAGACUAGAUUAUUAAGAAAAUUAAGGCAAACAAUUGAUGAAUAUACAACCCGUGUUGGUCAACAGGCAGUCAUUUUAAUAGUCACACCAGGAAAACCUCAAAAUAAUUUCAAAUGUUUUGGUGCACGUCCAUUAGAAAGUGUGAUUCGACAAUGUCGUUCAAUGGUUAUGCAAGAAUUAGAAACAGCAUUAGCUCAUCAUGCACCACCACAAGUCAAAGAAGAUCCAUCAUUACAUGAAUUGCCCCCUCUAGUCGUUGAUGGUAUUCCUACACCAGUUGAAAAAAUGACCCAAGCCCAAUUGAGAGCUUUCAUACCUUUGAUGUUGAAAUAUUCAACGGGCCGAGGUAAACCUGGUUGGGGAAAAGAUUCUACACGGCCACCUUGGUGGCCACAAGAUCUCCCUUGGGCUAAUGUUCGUUCGGAUGCCCGAAAUGAUGAAGAAAAACAAAAAGUAUCAUGGACACAUGCUCUAAGACAGAUUGUCAUUAAUUGUUACAAAUAUCAUUGCCGUGAAGAUCUAUUGCCAGCAUUCAGUGAAGAUGAUGAAAAGAAUACCGGUACUGCCGGAACUAGUUCAUCACAAACAAAAGAGAAGGUGAAAAUUCGUAAUACAACAACAUCUACGGUGACCACAACAUCAACACAACAGCAUCAACAGCAACAGCAGCAUCAUAGUAACAUAAAUAUGGCUAAUAUAGCUAAUGCAAACAUCACAACAGUACCGAUUACAGCAGAUUCAGCCAGUUUAGCUUCACAGGGCAUAAACACAUUAUAUGCACAGCCUAUUGCAACACAUUAUACACCUAUGGUUCAAACGAUAAAUAAUCCGGAUGGAACUGUUUCGAUUAUACAAAUGGAUCCAGCAACAGUAGUUGCCAUUUCCGAUGGUAAUGGUGGUGUUCGAACACUUGGUCAGCUUAGGUUUAAUACGACUGGUGCAGAUGGCAAUCAAGGUGUACAAACAUUGGCCGAAUUAGCUACUGGCCAAGAUCAUGAACGUGUUGCACAAUUAGGUACUGUUGAUUUAGGUGGUGAAGGUACAACACAAGCUGUAUCAUUGGCCGAAGCAACCAUUAGUCCUGAUGGUCAAAUUAUUUUGACCGGUGAAGAUGGUACACAAAGUACUUUCCCAAUGUCUGGAAUGGUUACAAUACCUGUAUCAAUGUAUCAAACAGUUGUUACAAAUCUAAAUUUACAAGGCGAUAAUAGUAUACCGAUAACAAUGUCGGCAAUAACUGGUACAAAUCAAUUAGAAGCCGGUAAUGAUGAAAAUGAUGAUGUUAAAGCUGUUUUGAAUGGCCAAAAUGCAAUCCGUAUUACAACAGCUACAAAUGAAGGAAAUAGCUAAGCUAAAUAUUUGAUUAUUUGAUUUUUUUUUCUGUUCUUUGGUUCGUUUCGUUCCAAUCAUCAUCAUCAUCAAUAUUAUCAUCUUAUUUUGAAAUGAAAUCAAUCUAUAUUUAAUUAAUUCAUAAUUUUGAAGCAUACAACAAAAUCAACAACAACAAAAUAGACACAAACACACACAGAGACCUCAAUUGAAAUUUAUUGAAAAAAAAACAUCGUACAUAUACAAAACAUAUAUAAACAUCAUCAUCAUCAUCAUCAAUAUUAAUUACAAUAAUAACAAAUUCACAAUAUUAACUAUUUCUCAAAAUCCAUAUGAUUAACAUUUUUUUCAUUAUUAUUAUUAUUAUUAUUCAUUGAUUUUCAUAGAAAAUUUUUUUUUUCACCUCAUCACCUCAUCGAAGAAUUCAUAUUUGUUUGUUUUUUCCUAAUUAUUAUUAUUUUUUCAUUUCAAUUUUUUUUCUCUUUUUGCUACCAAACAUCCACACGUUCAUCUGUUUUGUAAAUCAUCAUCAUCAUUGCCAUUCAAAUACAAAAAAAAAAUCCGCUUCCUCCC